CCGGUCACAGCUGUGGAGGCAUCAGAUCAAGAGCUAAACUCUGCAAAAGUGAGUGAAGCGACCACUCACUGCUCACUUUGUAAGGAAACCCUGUAGCAAACCAAACUGAGAUGAAGAGUUUGGUGUUUAUUCUGGUCUUUGGCCUGUUACUUCAUUUCCACCCCACUGUUGUCUCACCCUGGCCCCGGGGACCAGAUUAUACCGAGAGGAGAGUAAUGUGUGGGUUGCAGUAUGUCCGAGCUGCUAUCAGUAUCUGUGGUCCUAAUAUGUGGACAAUGAGACCAAGAAAUGGAAGCGGUCCGAUCGUGCCGCCUCCUGAUUUUCUGGCGAUGUACGGGAUGAGAAAUGGUAUUGAAAGGAAUAACCUACGUGAGCAGUUGGCUGAUGAUGAGAUUGUAAAUUCUAUUGAUGAUUACCUCCAACAUAAUGAUAUAAGCAGCCAAUUGAAACAGAAGCAUGAAAUACCCUGGUCCAGAUCCCAAAGAGUCAGAAGGGCACGUUAUAAACCGCCAUUAUCAAAAAAAUGCUGUUCCACAGGUUGCAACAGAGAAGAUUUUCGAGGGUACUGCUACCUUUAGAAUAAAACACAGAUGGUAACUCUGUUUCAAUAAAAUCUUUAACUUUGUAGUUUAUCAAGGAUCUUGCUAUCACGGAAAAAGCAAAGAUAUAUUGCUUGCAUUACUGUUGUGAUCUUUUUGUCUGUCUUGGCAUCCUGAAGCUUUAAAAGAAAUAAAAUCAAG